AUGAAAGUGAGUCGAGACCCAUAUUGUAUGAUUACNGAUGUGAGAGAGUCAACACAGGAGCGGAAAGAUGUGACCCCAUUAAGAGAGAUGAACCCUGAGAAGAUCUUUGGGAAGAUGACUCAUUUGCAGCGGUUGUUGGAUCGGUUUUUGUCUUGUCGACCAACUGGAUUGGCGAAAAAUGAAAGGAUGGUAUUGGUUGCUUUGUAUCCUAUGGUGAAAGAAAGUUUCCAGCUUUAUGCUGAUAUAUGUGAGGUUUUGGCUGUUUUGUUGGAUAAAUUCUUUGACAUGGAGUACCAGGAUUGCGUUAAGGCAUUUGAUGCCUAUUCUAGUGCAGCAAAGCAGAUCGAUGAGCUAGUGGGAUUCUUCAACUGGUGUAAGGAUAUUGGUGUGGCUAGGUCGUCUGAGUAUCCAGAAGUUCAGAGGAUAACAAGCAAGCUAUUGGAUACACUAGAGGAGUUUGUGAGGGACAGGGCUAAGGCGACAAAGAGUCCCGAGCGAAAAGUUGAGGCUCUACCAGCUCCACCAGAAGAACCAGCACCUGAUAUGAAUGAGAUUAAAGCGUUGCCUGCACCGGAGGAGUAUACUCCUCCACCACCUCCUGAACCGGAGCCUCCUAAACCAGUGGUUCAGGAGACCGGGGAUUUGGUGGAUUUGAGGGAGGAGGGUGUUACUGCCGAUGAUCAGGGAAAUAAAUUUGCCUUGGCAUUGUUUGCUGGGCCUGGAACAAACAAUGGGUCGUGGGAGGCGUUCCCCGGCAAUGGGGAAACUCAGGUGACCUCUGCUUGGCAGAAUCCUGCGGCUGAGAUAGGUAAGGCUGAUUGGGAGUUGGCUUUGGUGGAGACAGCUAGUCACCUGUCUAAUCAGAAGGCCGCAUUGGGCGGUGGACUUGAUCCACUACUGUUGAAUGGCAUGUAUGAUCAAGGGAUGGUUAGGCAGCAUGUUUCCACUGCGCAGUUGAGCGGUGGUAGUGCCAGCAGUGUGGCAUUACCCGGGCCAGGGAAGAGUGCAACGCCAGUUUUGGCACUCCCUGCACCCGAUGGAACGGUCCAGACAGUUGGACAGGAUCCAUUUGCUGCAUCUUUGACUGUUCCACCUCCUUCAUAUGUACAAAUGGCGGAUUUGGAGAAGAAACAGCAAUUGCUUGUACAGGAGCAAGUCGUAUGGCAGCAAUAUGCUAGAGAUGGUAUGCAAGGCCAAACGAGUUUGUCCAAGAUCAACACUGGCGGAUAUUAUGGUCCACAAACAGCUGCGAUGCCUUAUGGCAUGCCACCAGUAAAUGGUGUCGGAUUACCACCUGCGGCAGGGUACUACUACACUCCUUACUGAUUUUGCCACGUAUACAUUAUUUUUACCUUUUCAUUUUCCAUUUCAUUGUUAUGUUCUUUAUCUAGUGCUUUGAUCUUUUUCCACUGUAUUCUAUUGAUGGAUAUAUGUUCAAUUUGUGCAUGUUUAGUGAGGGUAGUGGUUGAGAGGAAGAGAGAAUGGGCUGAAGAGAAUAGAGACUAAUGGUUGUGGGGGGGAUUCUUAUGCUGGGUGCUCUGUAAUCCUAAUAGCAUGACUCAUCUGUUUUUGUAAUAUCAUGUAUUUUCUUCAGGUCGUCGUUUAAGUGAUGCUCGUUUCUAUAGUGUAACCUAACUCCAUUCUGAUCA